UUGGAGGAUCUCCUAAUGGGAGGCCUUAGGUAGUGUUGACACUUGAAAUGUGUCUCAAAGGCCACCGAAAUAAUCGUCCACUCUUGUCUUCAACCAUUCUAAAGAGGCACUUGUAGCAGCGAAAAACAAACCAAGUGCAAAAACAAGAAAUUUUCCUCAUAUAUAUUAUAUAUAUAUAUAUGUACUUGCAUUGAGUCCCUUGACACCACUGAAAAUAAGCCAUUCUCUCUAAGGAAGGAAAGGAUAGAUGGAGAUGACUACUGUGAAAUCUGAAUUAGGCCUGGAAAGGGGCCGCUUGUGCACUGCAGAAACUGAUGCUUUGGAGGUGACCAAGUGUGUUAAGAGAAGGAGAAGAGAUCCAUCAGCAGUUACACCCGGAUGCAGUAAACAAGGAGAGCAGCAGAAGCAGGUGUUGCUGCAGGCUGGGCAAUCCAUUACUGCCAUUGCCACUACUAUGAAGAGAAGUUCAAGAUUCAGGGGUGUUAGCAGACAUAGAUGGACAGGGAGGUUUGAGGCUCAUUUAUGGGAUAAAGGGUCCUGGAAUGUGACACAGAGAAAAAAGGGAAAGCAAGUCUAUCUUGGAGCUUAUGAUGAAGAAGAAUCUGCUGCAAGAGCGUAUGACUUGGCUGCACUGAAGUAUUGGGGGCCAUCAACUUUUACCAAUUUCCCAGUAUCAGAUUAUGAGAAGGAGAUUGAAAUAAUGCAGGGUCUAACAAAGGAGGAAUACUUGGCUUCUUUAAGAAGGAGAAGCAGUGGUUUUUCAAGAGGAGUGUCCAAGUACAGAGGAGUUGCAAGGCAUCAUCACAACGGAAGAUGGGAAGCAAGGAUUGGGAGGGUGUUUGGAAACAAGUAUCUCUACCUUGGAACUUACAGUGAGUGUACCCAAGAAGAGGCUGCUCAUGCUUAUGACAUUGCAGCAAUUGAGUACAGAGGGAUCAAUGCUGUAACAAACUUCGAGUUGAGCACAUACGUAAGGUGGCUAAGGCCCAGAGCCACUGCUCUUACCCCUCAGGAACCAAGAUCAAAUUCAACAAUGCAAGCAUCCUCUAACUGCCUUCCAAAUGAGGAAGUAGAGCUUUCCUUCCUCAGCCCCAAUCCUUUUACAGUAGAUGACUUGGCAACUCCUCUAAAGCAAGAAAAGUUCCAAAGAGAGGUUUCCAUCAGCCCUUGCACCAAGUCAUCUUCGCCAACUGCACUAAGUCUCCUCCAUAGAUCUUCAGUAUUUAGACAACUGGUGGAGAAGAAUUCGAACAGCAUCGAAUAAGAAACUGAGGGAAUGAUGCAAAGAAACCAAGAGAACUUAGCAAGGAAAAUGAGUUUGGAGGGAUUUUUUAUGAAGAAGUUAGGAAUGUUCCAUAUGUGUGUUCAUCAAAUGCUGAUGCAUUUUGCCCGGUCUAGUGUUGCAGGAGGAUAUUGCACCGCCAUUAUUCAAUGGGACAGGGCGGAAAUCUUAAUGGAAUGAUGCUUUAACCUUGUCUUCUUCUGUUUAACUGUCAAUUGCAACUGUUUAUAGAAGUCCUCUCAAAACUCGUAGACAGGCAAUCUUUCUGUCUUUUCUUUUCUGAGUAAUAAAGAAGCGAAAUGUCUACUAA